AUGCCUUCGCCACCAUCUCAAGAGGAAGAUGCAGUUGAGGAAGAAGAGUGGGAAACAACAUCUACGUUAGAAACACUGGGUAGCAUUCACGUGGAGGACAGUCCCACCGCAGACCACGCAUUCUACGUCUCUCAGCUGGUGAUCAUCGAUCAUCGAUCAUCCCCGAUCGGACAAGUUCCUUGCUAGAAACCCUCGCAACUGGAUGUGUAGGGGACUUAUCGACCAGGCUUACGAUGAAGUCGUAAAAGUACUCACUUCAGAUUGAACGAUGCCGGAUGAGACAGGAGAUUGACGU